AUGAUAAAAAUUAUUCAAUAUUUUCUUUAUUUAUUAAUCUUUACUGUGUAUAUAAUGAAUAUACAUUCGCAUGAUGAUUUUAAAUUUUUAUAUGAUGAUAAUGAUAUGAAUGAUAUUCUACAUGAAAAAUUAAUUGAAAAUAUAAAUAAUAGAGUUAAACGAGUUGUUAUUGAUGAUACAACAAUAAAUUAUGAUGGAUCAGGAAGCGAAACUAUAACAGUAGAAUCAUCAACAACAUAUUCGAAUACUAUUUCAGUAACAAUGGAAUCAAUUAUUUCGACAAUAGAGAUGACUACAGAAUCGACUAUAGUUUGGUCACCAUAUUUUGUUCCAUGUAAUAAUGCUACUCAAGUACAAUUAACCAAUGGAACUUGUGUACUCAAAUCUGACGGUCAAAUAUUGGCAGCUAAUACAUUGCGAAGUAAUACUACAAAUUCGACUAUUAUUGCUGAUGCUCUUUCAUUAUAUAUAAGUUCAGUUGCCAAUUCAAAUACAUCAUUAAAUUCGACAUAUACAUUAACACCGAAUGACAUUGAUGUUUCUCUUACUAAAAUAAAUGCUUCUAAUUUAACAAUAAACACUAAUGAUUCAAUACUUGUGGUACAAAAACCUGAACAAGGAGGUACUGUAUUCGUUUUGGGUGCUUCAUUUAGUCGUGGUAUUGGUGGUCAAAUUGUCAAUACUGCUAAUAAGGACAAUAUUACAGAUUCAAACUUAUCAAGCGCUGCUAUCAUUAGUGAUAGUGCAUUAAUUGGUGCUACAUCUCUGAAUAUGCUUAUUAUUGAUAAACCUACAACAUAUGAAACGUUAGAUAAUUCAACGAAUAAAACUCUUGCAUCAUCUGUUAUUGUUGUAGCAGUAAAGAGAAAUAGUUCUGUAUCUGUACCGACGAAUAUUACUCUAUAUUUUCAAGUUUUAAACGAAUAUAAACCGAAUACAACCGUCGAUUACUUGUGUUCAUUUUAUGAUACAAUUAAUUCAACAUGGAAUGAAUCUGGUUGUAGUAUACCUCGAUAUAAUAGUGAAUUUAAUCGAUAUGAAUGUAGUUGUAAUCAUUUAACUUCAUUUGCUCUUAUUUGGUUACCUAGAACACCACUUACUUCUUAUCUUGAUGCACAAGAUAUUGGUUCACUUGUUUGUUUAUCAAUAUCAAUUGUUUGCUUUUUAGUUACUAUUAUUCAUGCUAGUAUAAUAAGAAUUCGUGAUCCAAAAAUGGGUUUUAGAUCAUAUGAUUUAUUUCCUUUAAUAUCUUCUGCAAGUACAACAAUUCUUUUUAUAUUUUAUAUAGCUUUAGGACUGACAACAUAUACAAAAACAUCAUCUAUAAAUGAAACAAAAUGUUUUUUAAGUUCAAGUGUAUUAAUGUUUUUUGUUUAUUUCUUUUUAAUUUUAAUGUUUUGUGCUAAGACUAGUGUUGGUUAUUUUAAUUAUCUUCGGUUUGUUUGUUUAUUUCCACAACCAUCAGUUCGAAAAUUAUUUAUUAUGCUUGGUGUAUCAUUUUUUGUUUCUAUUGCAUGGGUUGCAUUUGCAGCUGGUUUUAAUUCUAAUUCAUCAUUUCAUAUUACACAAUUAUAUCCAUAUAAAAUUUGUUGGUUUACUCGUGAUGUUAUUUAUUAUUUUGUUACAAUACCUGUUUGUCUAUUUCUUUUAAUUAAUAUAAUUACAUUUAUUCUUGUUGCUCAUCGUAUAUUAAAUCAUGUACGAAAUGCAACAUCACCACAUCAAUCAUAUGAACGAAUGAAACGAUGUGUACUUAUUUUACUUUCAUCAUGUGCAACUCAAGGUAUUGGUUGGCUUUUUGGUCCAUUUUUGACAUUUGCUACACCAGAAGCCGGAAAUAUUUUAGGAUGGUUUUUUAUUAUAUUUAAUGGUUUAGAAGGUUUAUGGUCGAUUAUUUUAUAUAUAAUAAUACGUUCAAAACAUAUGGAUGAACAAAAACGUACUAUAGCUGCAAGAGAAUUUAGCAAAACAAAAAGUACAAUAAUAGAUAAAUAUAAAAAAUCAUCUAUUCAAGAAGAUCGUAAUGAAAAUAAUAUUGAUAUAGAAGAAAUUGAUAUAAAACAACGAAAUAUAUCAAAAGAAGAAUCAAAUUUAUUUGAAGAUUCUGAUAAUUUAAAAGAUAGACGUUGGCCUAAUUAUGAUGAUGAUGAUGAUGAUGAUAUUACUAGAGCAUAG